AUGGUCCGCCACAAAAAAGACAACUUCUCGCGAGGAGGCAAGAAAUCCAACAACCCCCGCCCCCGGCCAGUGCCCCGCGGCGAUGAAGAAGCAGGCGCAGGCUCGGCGCGGCCUGCGUAUAAAGCCGCAUGCUGGGACAUGGGUCACUGCGACCCUAAGCGGUGCUCUGGAAAGCGACUGAUGAAGCUGGGCUUGAUGCGGGAUCUCCACGUUGGCCAGCGACACCCUGGUGUGAUCGUCUCCCCAAAUGCCAAGAAGAUUGUCUCUCCGGCAGACAAGGAUAUCAUGGAACAAUACGGUGCUGCCGUAGUGGAAUGCUCGUGGGUGCGAGUCCAGGAAGUGCCCUGGUCACGGAUCGGCGGAAAAUGCGAACGACUUCUUCCGUACCUCAUUGCCGCGAAUACUGUCAACUACGGAAAACCAUGGCGUCUAAACUGUGUCGAAGCGCUCGCCGCUUGCUUUGCGAUCUGCGGCCGUUUGGAGUGGGCGGAGGAUAUCCUGAGACAUUUCAGCUAUGGACAGGCAUUCUUGGAUAUCAACAAGGAGCUCCUGGCACGCUACGCAGCAUGCGCCUCAGAAGAGGAAGUCAAGAAGGCUGAAGAGGACUGGCUCGCCAAGAUUGAACAAGAGUACGAGGACAACCGCGUCGAGGGAGGUGAUGAUAUCUGGACUACUGGAAAUACCAACCGUAUGCCCGCGCGGGGAUCCGAUGACGAAAGCGGCGACGAAGAUGAUGAAGAGGACAGCGAGGAAGAGGAAGAAGAAGAAGAUAAGGAUCCAUUUGCGAUUUCCGACGACUCGGAGGAUGAGGCACAGAUGGCUGCGAUUCGACAAAAGAUUCUGAACUCAAAGUCGUUCCAAAAUCCCGAAGACGAAGAGAAGCAGAAGCCAGAGAAGAUCUCUCGACCGGAGCAGGUGUAUGUUGACUCGGAUGCUGAGUCUGGCUCGGCAGGAAGUGAGGACGAGGCUUUUGACAACAUCAUCAAUGCCACCACCGUCACCGAUCGUACUGGAAUCAAAGCAAUCCAGCAACGGCAGGCGAAGGAGACCAUCACUGGUUCUUUCUCUCGUGCUGAGAUCUCUGCCCCGAAAAGGUGGUGA